AUGUCCUUGCCGCCUCCUCCAGGUCUCCAGCGCCCGCUGCCAUCCCAAGCCGCCUCGCAGGCCCAGCCGCCGGCCUCGCUGCCCGCCCGUCCGCCAUCCACCGCAUCCGCUUACACAGCUCCGUCAACUUCCUCUACUACUCCAUCUACAGUAUCGAGGCCUCCCAGCCUUGGACCAGAUGUCUCCAGACCGGCUGUUGGUGCGGCAUUCGGGUUUCAGCCUCGUGUCGUAGCCGCGCAGUCGUACAGGGCGUCUCAAGCACCAGCAUAUCCUACCGUAUAUAGCGCGGGUUAUCAAUACCCCCAGCCCCAGCACCAGCACCAGCCACCGCCGCAUCAUCAUCAACAACAACAUCAGCAGCAGCAGCAGACAUACCAGGCACAGCCCACGUCGUACUACGGUCAGUCGCAGUCGCAGGCACAGCGGCCGUAUAACGCAACUACAUACGGCCAGCACCACGCAUAUCAAAAGCGCAAUAACACGGGCUCAUAUGGAGCCCGGUCAGGACAAUCGCGGUACAAUGAGUCGUCUGGAGACCCUGAGAUGGAUGCCCAGAUAGCACAGUGGCAAAGUGCAUAUAUGAGCAAAGACAGUAGUGAAGCCGCCGCAGGCACUGCCGCUGCUUCAGGACCUGCUGCUACGGGAGCCAACAGCGGGCCUAUAGGCUCCUUCCAGCGUCUACAUGAUCCGUCGUCAAGCACAUCGACACCUCCCAAUGGAACAGGAUCAGGGACUGCAGCAUCUACCACGCCUAUACCAGGCGCAAACCAAGGCCUAGCUGCCGUUCCAGGCCAGGAGUCCACCGAACCCGCAAAGACCGUUGUACGAUCUGGCGGUGGCCAGACAUGGACCGACUCGACGCUUCUGGAGUGGGAUCCAGCUCACUUCCGACUUUUUUGCGGUAACUUAGCCGGCGAAGUGACAGAUGACUCACUACUGAAGGCUUUCUCAAAGUAUCCCUCUGUACAAAAAGCACGAGUCAUACGUGACAAGCGAACAGAGAAGAGCAAAGGGUACGGCUUUGUCAGCUUCUCGGAUGGCGACGAUUACUUCAAGGCUGCCAGGGAGAUGCAGGGCAAGUACAUCGGCUCUCACCCGGUGCUGCUGAGACGAGCUAUGACUGAGAUCAGGCCAGUGAGCGCGAGUAAGGGGAAGCAUCUCAAGGGCAAAGGCAAACAUGGCCAUCAUCACAGUGGAAGCGGACACAGCAAGCCUUCUUCCACACCCGCUCCUGUGUCCUCAUCCGCGGGCAAAACAGACGGCGGCGUCAAGAAACAGAAGACCAAGGGCGGGCUCAGGGUACUCGGAUAG